AUGCUGUUGUUCUCGAACAAUGAUGAGAAUGUUAUCAAUAAAUUUGUGGUAUUUGUGAAAGAACGUCAAAUGUCAGCGUUUUCUAAUAUGUUGUCGUACUUACUUCAUGGCUUUUUUAAAGAUACAUCGUGGAUGAGUAACGCCAGCACACCGGAUGGAAGUGUUUUUGCUAAUCUGCACAAUCAGGAGUUGCAGUCGAGAAAACGACCUUGUUGCACUCAUUCAUCCGUCAGUGGAAGUCAACUAGGAAGUCCUGUUGUUAGUCCUGUGAAAAAAGUAAAGAGACAAAAUCCACAGCUCACUCCUACAAACAAACGCUCAACUCCUAUUAAAAAAUCACCGGAACCAAAGUUAGCACAAGUUUGUCUAUCCGAUUUUUCUGAUUGGGAUGAUUCGCCUACGAAGGAAGAAGGUAAACGGUGUGAGCUUGUUCGCGUUGCUAGUGAAAAAGAAAAUUCCGAACUUAAUGACUCUUUCGAUGAACCAGUUUUUACUAAUUCGCCAAGAAAGCCUUCACCAAGUCUCAACUCAGCGAACAAUUCAUGUAAAAAGCGAAGCGUUGCUAUACGACUUUGUGAUGAAGGGAAAACUUCUCCUAUUAAAGAGUUGCAGACAAAUGGUCCCUCUGGAAAAUUAGAUAGUGGUGUAGCUGGUUUUCCUUCCCUUUGUGAUCCCAAAACCGAAAUUAUCUUGACGGUAAGGGAGAUAAAAAAGGAAAACGGGCUUGUAGAUCUUAUCUGCAGCACUGAGACUGGGGAGGAUUCCGUGGUAUAUUUAGAAGAUCAGUGGGCAGAAUUGACUUUCGAACCGGAUACUCAGAUUCACUUAAUAGGUGCUCAGCGUUGGGGAGAAUCGGAUUGGUUGGUUUCAAAUGAACACGGAGUACUAGUAGUUGCUCCCGAUUUUUUGGUACCGUGCACUAGCAUAGCAAGCUCAACCUGGUGUUCUCGGAAGGUUGUACUGAGUGACCGAUUCCGGUGCUCUGUUCGUGCAAACAAAGCAAUGGUCAUUGGGACUGUUAUGCAUGAAUUAUUCCAGGGUGCACUUCGUUCUCCGGAUCCUAGGCUAGUCACAAGAAAAUGGCUUCUUGACAGGUGGCGUAGCAGUCUGAGCGAUGAUGUCUUAUCCCAGCUUGUAGCCCUUCACUGCACUACAUCUGAUUUCGAAGAUGAGCUUGCACCGUAUGCUGAUGUAGUAGCCGACUGGAUUCAAACACAUUUGCCUGGUGGCUCCUCCUAUUGUUUGGAUUCUUCUUCAUCUUCCCUGAAGGUGCAUGAUAUCGAGGAGAACAUUUGGGUCUCGCAAUUAGGAGUGAAGGGCAAGGUUGAUGUCACUCUAAAGGAGACCACGACAAUAAGAACUCAUUUGAGACCGCUCGAACUCAAAACAGGUAAAAGCGGACAGUCAAUUGAGCAUGCUGCGCAAGUGAUGCUGUAUUCUUUAAUGCUUUCGUCUCGAUACAAACAACCUAUUGGAGGAGGAAUUUUACUAUACUUAAAAGAUGGGAUUAGUCGAGAAAUUCAACCAAAGGCCUUGGAAUUGAAGGCUAUUGUCAACCAAAGAAAUAAUUUGGCUUUUUAUCUUUCGAAAUUGGAUCCGUUGAAGCUUCCAGCGCCUAGAGCGGAUCCGAAAUUUUGUGAUAGAUGCGAUCAGGCUUCAAUAUGUUCUUUUUACCAGAUUGCAAUGGAACCAGCUGAAAAAUCGUCCGAUCUCAUGUACGAUUUCGCUAAAGCGAAUAUGAGCCACCUCAAAGAGAAUCACCUCAAGUAUUUUGCAAAGUGGAUUCGGUGGAUCUUUUCUGAAUGGUCUGAGGACCAAAGUAGAAAAGGGAGCAGCGUGGAGAAUCUGUGGCGUAAGUCACCUGCUGAAAGGGAAUCUGAUGGUUUUUGUGCCGCUUGUCUGCGUCUGGUUUCUUGCGAAGAUAUUUCAAAGGAGAUCUAUUCUUCGUAUCUCUUAACAUUUGAGAGUGAGGUUGAAAUUUCUACUAUGUUUUCUCCCGGAAGUAUGUGCACUGUUUCCACAACUGUGAAUCCCGCCUUGCUUCUUGUACCCAUUGUUGAUUCUAGCUCUUUCUCCAUAACAGUGCGUAGUGACAGAAUGAUCGACAAAGAAGAAAUCUAUCAUCUGGACCUUUAUCACAGCUUUUCUACGUGUUCAACGACUCUGGGUAGUCUCAUCCUUAUUAUGGGUUCAGAUCAGGCAAGCACUCGAAAACGCGAACUGAUUGUUGAUUUGAUGCCUCCUGGUGGGUCGAAUGCCACAAAUCUUCCCAGUUCUGUUCACAAGAUUUUAUCGGACGGUGUUGCGUUGAAUCAACUUAAUGAAGAACAGCGUGAAGCAGUAUUAUCAGCCCUAAUUUGCAACGACUAUACGCUCAUUGAAGGAUUUCCAGGAUCAGGAAAAACAACAACAAUAGUGGCGUUGUUGAGGUGUCUUCUAGAAUUGAAGCUCUCCGUAUUGUUAACCGCGAACACUCAUUCAGCUUUGGACAACGUUUUAACCAAGUUGAGAAAGUAUGUUGACGCGUCAAAAAUGCUUCGCCUCGGGAGAUCAACCUCAACAAGCAACAGUGUCGCCGACUUGACUUUCCAGGCAAAAAUGAGCGUUGUGGAUGGUGAUAAAUACGAAGCUGCCAAGGAUCUCCUAGAAAAUACACCGCUUCUGGCGAGUACGUGCCAUUAUGUACCUAGAGAGUUGCUCUUUUCUUAUCGAACAUUUGAUUACUGUAUUGUGGACGAAGCAUCUAUGGUCUUAGAACCAGUAGUAUUACCCGCUAUAGCAACUGCAAGACGGUUUGUGCUCGUUGGUGAUUCUCUUCAACUGGCGCCUCUAGUUCAGAACAGGAAAUGCGCAGAAGAGGGCAUGGCGGUAUCUCUUUUCGAGCGUCUACAAGUUCACGACGAAGUUACGCAUUCGCUUGUAUCACAGUAUAGAAUGAACAGUGUGAUUUCGAGGUUAAGUAGUCACCUCUUCUAUGCUGAUCGUCUUGUUUGCGGAAACAACUCUGUGGCAAAUGCCUGCCUUUCAGAUUCGAGGAAUUAUAAGGUGUCCGCUGUUCGGGAAGGCUCAUGGAAACUCAUUGAAAGUGGAUCGCUAGAGUACUCUACUGUUUUUGUGGACACAAAAGCUGUUACCGAAUCUUGUUUUGCUAUGACGAACGAUGGUGCUGGGAUGGUGCACAAUUCUGGUGAAGCUAAACUUGUUCAUGAUGUUGUAGCACGAUUUUUGGAGAAUGGUGUCGCUGCAAGCGAUAUUGGAAUUAUGUGUGUUUACCGCAAGCAAGUGAAUGUUAUUAAAUCGUUCUUAGAUCCUGAAGUGACUGUCGAGGUCAGCUCCGUGGAUCAGUACCAAGGACGUGAUAAAAGUGUUAUAAUCUGGUCACUUGUGUGGACCAAUACUUCUGGAAGGCGGUGCGAGCUUCUCCAGGAUCGCCGAAGAGUUAACGUAGCACUGACACGCGCUAAACACAAACUUGUACUGGUCGGAUGUGCGCAAAGUAUGCGAUCUAUCGAUGUAAUGAAGAAAGUAGUUGAAAGCAUGGUAGUAGUAGAGCUAUAG